AUGGAUCAGCAACAAGGCCAGCAGGGCCCCAUGGGUCCCGCCGGCCGUCGUUUGCACAUUGCGCAUCGCCGCAGUCCCUCCGAGCUGACACCACUGAUGAUGGAACAACUGGCCAUUGCACAGCAGAUCGAGGUCCUCCAGCAGCAACAGCAGCAGAUUGCCGCCACACAUCAGCAAUAUGUGAACAUGGGCAUGAUCCAGCCGCAGCAGCAGCUCGGCAACUUCCAGAUGCCAGGCCAGAUGCCGAAUGUCUCGCCCCAAGUCAACAACUACCAGUUCCCCCAGCAGAUGCAGCAGAUGCCACAACAGCAGCAGCACCUCGGCGUCCCCCAAGCUCAGCCCAACGCCCACCGCCGCAACCAGUCGGCCCAUCCCAACGUCGGCAUGGGCCCGCCUCCCGCUCCUUCCGCUGGUGCGUCUGGUUUCGGUGACUUUGGUGCACAACAGGGUGGUCAGAGCAGGGAAAAUGUCAACCCCCGCGGUCGAGGUGGUGGCAGCGCUGGCGGCUCCGGACACACCCGCCGCCACUCACUCGCUCUCGCCGACGCAAAGAAGGCUGCUGAACAGGCCGAAUCCAAGAGAAAGACUUCGGGCUUCCAGUUUCCUAUUCCGGGCUCGACCGAGGGCAGCUCCAACCGCGACGCUAGUCCCAGUGGGCACAGUGCCUCCAACGACGGCGCCUCCGCUCGUGGUGGGCGAGGCGCUCACGGACGCAGCCAGAGCAUGGCUGUAGGACGUGGCGGUGGGAGCGCUGGCCGUGGAGGACCUUCCUUUUCCUUCCCAGCUACGAACGAGAACCCUACCAACCAGAACGGUCAGCAACAAGACUUCCAGCGCCGUGGCAGCCAAGGUCAUGGCCGAAGCCAGUCACGCAACUUUGAGGGCAACUGGAGACAGCCCCAGAACAACAACACGGCUCAGCAGCAGCAAUCUACAGACACUCAGAUCCAGAACAUGGGCAGUUUCAACAUGAAUCAGACCGCCAAUGCCGCUCCUUUCCAGCCUGGUCACCGCACUCGUGGAUCGGUCAACCAGUCAGUUGGCUCUCUUGGCAACUUCCAAUACGGCGGCCAGCCCCAGAUGCAGAUGCAAUCACCUCAGGCACAGCUUCUACUGCAACAGCAAAUGUUCGGUCAACCACUGAACCCUAUGCAGAUCGCUCAUUUACAGGCACUCCAGGCCGCCCAGAUGCAGGGCGGUGGCCUCGGUGCCAGCCAGCAUGGCCCGCAGAUGGGCGGCGGCAUGCAACAACAGCAGCAACAGCGCAAGACUCUAUUUACUCCUUACCUCCCACAGGCGACCCUGCCUGCUCUCCUCGGCGACGGCCAACUCGUUGCCGGUAUUCUCCGCGUCAACAAGAAGAACCGUAGCGAUGCUUACGUCACGACUACUGAUCUUGACGCUGACAUCUUCAUCUGUGGUAGCAAAGACAGGAACCGAGCUCUGGAAGGAGACUUGGUUGCUGUCGAGCUCCUCGACGUUGACGAAGUAUGGGGACAGAAGCGAGAGAAGGAAGAGAAGAAGAAGCGCAAGGACAACGCAGACCCUCGCGGUGGUAGUAUUGCCGUGAAUGAUGCCACCACUCAACCUGAGACCGGCUCUGAGGGUGGUAUUCGCCGACGCGGCAGUCUCCGCCAGCGACCCACGCAGAAGAAGAACGAUGAUGUUGAGGUUGAAGGACAGAGCUUGCUUCUGAUGGAAGAAGAGGAAAUCAACGAUGAGUUGAAGCCUCUGUAUGCAGGCCACAUUGUUGCUGUCAUCGAGCGUGUUGCUGGACAGAUGUUCUCCGGAUCUCUUGGACUUCUCCGUCCCAGCAGCCAAGCCACCAAGGAAAAACAGGAGGCAGAGCGUCAAGCUCGCGAAGGCAACUCGGGCCGAUCACAGCCAGAGCGUCAGGACAAGCCCAAGAUUGUGUGGUUCAAGCCGACCGACAAGCGUGUGCCAUUGAUCGCCAUUCCUACCGAGCAAGCACCGCGCGAUUUUGUCGAAAAGCACCAAGACUAUGCCGACCGCAUUUUUGUAGCAUGUAUCAAGAGAUGGCCCAUUACAUCACUGCAUCCUUUCGGUACGCUUGUCGAGCAGCUCGGAGUUAUGGGUGACCUUAAGGUGGAAACCGAUGCUCUCCUGCGCGACAACAACUUCGGUCCAGACGACUUCUCUGAUGCUGUCAUCAAGAACGUUGGCUUCGAAGACUGGUCAGUUGCUAAAGAUGGCGAGGAGGCGCUGCAGAGCCGUCGUGACUUCCGAGACGAGGAGACCUUCACCAUCGAUCCCAAUGGCAGCAAGGAGCUUGAUGACGCUAUCCACUUCAAGUACCUCGAUGAUGGCCGCGUUGAGAUUGGCAUCCACGUUGCCGAUGUUGCUCACUUCAUCAAGGCGAACUCACUAGUCGACCGCGAGGCCAAGAAGCGUGGCACUGCCGUCUACCUCAUGAACCGCACGGUGAACAUGCUACCACCCCGGCUGUCGAAUGACGUCUGCUGCCUCAACCCCGGCGAGGAGCGUUACACCGUCAGUGUCGUUUUCAAGGUCGAUCCUAACUCUGGUAAAAUCUCCGAGGAUGAAACCUGGGUCGGCAAAGCUGUGAUCAAGAGCUCCGGAAAGCUGUCGUAUGACGAGGUCGAUACCGUUAUCAGCGGUAACGACGGUCCAGUCUCGGCAGCCCGUGCUAAGGACAUCAAGAUGCUGCAUCACAUCUCUCAGAAAUUCCGCCAGGCUCGCUUUGGCGAUCGGUCUACUGACGUCAAGGCGCUGCGUCUCAUGUACCAGCUUGAUGACGAGAACGUCCCUGUCGAGCAAAACAUCUUCGACUCUUCUCCUGCGCAUGAGUGCAUUGAAGAGCUCAGUCACCUCGCUAAUGCCUUUGUUGCGAAGAAGCUCGCUGCCGGUCUGCCUGAAAAGGCACUCCUGCGUCGUCAACCACCACCCAAUCCCCGUCGCCUGACGACGAUUGCGGAGCGCAUGGGUGCCAUUGGUUACGAAAUCGAUACCGAGAGCAGUGGAUCUCUUCAGAACAGCUUGUUUGAGGUUGAAGAUGAUGAUAUCCGAAAGGGUAUGGAAACUUUGGUCAUCAAGUCGAUGCCUCGUGCCAAGUACUUCGUUGCUGGUAGGCUGCCUACGGAGCAGUACCCCCACUACGCCCUCAACCUUCCCCUGUACACUCAUUUCACCAACCCAUCCCGCCGCUACGCAGACAUCAUUGUGCACCGUCAGCUCGAAGCUGUCCUAUCAAAUGGUGCCAUUGAGUUUACUGAAGACAUUGAGGCCUUGGCCAAGACUGCCGAGAUGUGCAAUACCAAGAAGGACUCUGCUCAUGCUGCCCAAGAGCAAAGUGUACAUAUCGAGGCCUGCCGCAAGAUGGACAAAGUCAGACAAGAGCAGGGUGGUGACCUCAUCGCAGAAGGAAUCGUCCUUUGUGUAUACGAGUCCGCCUUCGAUGUGCUCAUUCCGGAGUGGGGUUUCGAGAAGCGUGUGCACUGUGAUCAGCUUCCUCUCAAGAAGGCCGAGUUCGACAAGAACAAGCGCCUCCUUGAGCUCUACUGGGAGAAGGGAGUUCCCUCGUCCAACUACAUUCCCGAAGACGAGAGACCAAAGCAUGGCUCGCUUCGAUCAGCCAAUGCUGCUGCUGCCGCACGUGAGGCUGAGGCGGCUAAGCAGCGUGCAAGAGAGCAGGAAGAGGCUCGACGUAGGCAGAUGGAUACUGGAACCAUGUCGACCAACGAGGAGGCUGCGUUGUUUGACGAUGACGACGAUGACGACGCCAACGACCUCAACUCGAACAUGGCUGGCGUCUCAUUGAACCCUGAUCGCCCGACCCAGAGCAUGCCUCCAUCGCCUAGCCGGCGCGACGGAGCUCCUCACCGUGUCAACUCGGACUCGAAGCUGGCCCAGAGUGCUGGUGAAGCUGCAGAGGCCAAGUUGACCAAUAAGGAGAAAUACUUGAGCUGGUUCACUCUCCGCGAACAGAACGGCGACUACAUCCAGGAUGUGCGAGAAAUGACGCGCGUACCAGUCAUCCUUAAGACGGAUUUGACGAAGAGCCCUCCUUGUUUGACCAUUCGGUCCCUCAACCCCUAUGCCCUAUAGGCGAAGCGCGUCUUUCGGCUCUGCUUCAGCAUGUGAGAACCCCGGCGACUUCUGCUGGCUUGGUAGGGAAAAUUGAAUGGUGGAUACAUACUAGGUUGAUGGAGGAAGAAGAAAAUGAAAAUCUGUGUAUUGUUCAUGUGUAUGCGGCGGAAUAUGGGUAGCCGUGGUAUAUCAUUGCAGCUCUUAUACACAGUAUUGGUUCUUAGUACU